CUAUUCACCGUUCAGUUCUUUUUUGUCUUCCGUCGCGAUCAGUCCGUGUGGAGAGGGAUUACUUUGAUUAACAUACAGGAUUAGUGUUCGAUUAAACAUUAAUUGGAGAUUUAUUUUGUGAACAAAUUUAUGCAAUACAACUAAACUAGCUAAUCUUUUGAAAAACUAAAUCAUCACAAUGGGACCUAAGGAAGAUCCGGAGAUUACGGCACUGAAGAAGGAGCUCAAUGACCUAAUUGCUAAAAUGCAGGAAGACCAGAAGAAGGCAGCCGAUUGCACCUUGCCGGAAAAAUGCGCGGAUAUGGGCGAUGUCCCGAAGGUGCGAAUCACGACGAAAAAGUUUCUCAAGGGUCACAUCAACAAGGUCAACUCGGUGCACUACGCCGGCGAUUCGAGACACUGCGUGACGGGUUCGCUGGACGGAAAAUUGAUCAUCUGGGAUACCUGGACGGGCAACAAGGUGCAGGUCAUUCCACUGCGAUCGGCCUGGGUGAUGAGUGUGGCCUAUGCUGACUCGGGAAACUUCGUUGCCUGCGGCGGUAUGGAUAACAUGUGCACCGUGUACGAUUUGAACAAUCGAGAUGCGCAGGGGAAUGCCAAAAUCGUCCGGGAGCUUAUGGGUUACGAGGGUUUCUUGAGCUCGUGCCGGUUUUUGGACGAUACACAUAUCUUGACCGGUUCGGGUGAUAUGAAGAUCUGCAUCUGGGAUCUUCAGGUGGGAAAGAAAACGUCCGAAUUCGACGCCCACGCUGGUGAUGUGGUUUCGAUCUCAAUGAGUGCCGACAAAAACACGUACGUGACCGGCUCGGUUGACCGUACCUGCAAGCUGUGGGAUGUGCGAGAAUCUACCCCGAAGCAAACGUUUUUCGGUCACGAGGCCGAUGUUAACAGUGUUUGUUAUCACCCAAGUGGAUUUGCCUUUGCCACUGGAUCGGAGGACAAAACGGCACGACUUUUCGAUUUCCGAUCCGAUCAACAGAUUGGACAUUAUGAACCACCGAACAAGAGUAGUGGAUUCACUUCUUGUGCAUUAUCACUAAGCGGAAGAUACAUCCUGUGUGGAUCCGACGAUAACAAUAUUCACAUUUGGGACACGAUGAAGGGUCAACACAAUGGAGUACUUAGCGGUCACGAGAAUCGCAUCACAUCUAUCUGUAUGGCUCCAAACGGGAUGGCAUUGGCAUCCUGCAGCUGGGAUCAGCAUGUACGCGUCUGGGUCUAAAAGUGUGCGCCAGCCUGUACAGCAUAACACGGUCUAUUAUUUGUUUGUUAUAUUUUGUAACAUCCAUUGAGUAAUUUUUCACAAUAUAAUACUAAAGCUAUUUUAAGAUUGAGCUUGAUACUUUCUGCGAGCUGAAGCAAUAAAAUCCAUCGUUUGAACAAUACCAGCUGUUCGACCUGA